AUGAACUAUUACUUCCUUUUCACGUUUGGCAUUGACAUCUUAAUCUAUAUUGCUGCGUUUUCAGUCGCUCACAACUGCCUGCUAGUACUCAUCCAGGGUGAUCAUGAAGAAGAGUUGUCCUCAAUGGCCGUUGCGAAGGCGGCGAAGCACUUCUCAAACCUCUAUGCGUUGACGUUCAUCGAAUGGCGCGGCGACAUGGAGGAGAAGAUGGAAGCCGCUUAUAACACCCACAUUCUAAAAGUCAGCAACCUCGCUGAACAGGAAAGGCAUGACUCACUCAUCGGUUUGAUCUCGCAAGGAUUAUGUAACGACAUCGCUUUAGGCUUACUGUACGGGAUCUUAACUAACGCUGAAACUGCUCCGGAAAACUUUCGAGAUCUCACGUUCAUAACCGGCGACGGUUUACAGUUUGCCAUGGCCAAAGUCAACUGGAUUGUGGCUGAGAUGUUCCAAAAAUUGCUCGAAUUCCCUCGGAAUCAGGUGAAUUUUAAAAUUAAGUGGCGAAGAGUCGAAUGAUA